UUCACCGUGCUCCUCAACACGUUCAAGCGGAGGGACCUGCUGAAGAAGGCGGUGGCGCAUUACGCGACGUGCGCAGACGUCGCGGAGAUUCGGGUGGUGUGGUCCGAGCAGGUCCCGCCCCCGACACGCGGCGAAGAGAACGGCGCGUACUUUGGCCCGAAGCCGUCCAUGGUGACGUACGAUACGCACCCCACCACGUCCAUACAGAACAGGUUCGACCCGCCAUCUGGUUCGAACGCCAUCUCCACGCGGGCGGUGUUCAACGUGGACGACGACGUGAGGAUGCCGUGCGCCGCGCUGACUCGGGGGUUCGACGCGUGGCGCGCCAACGAAGACGUCCUGGUUGGAUACUACCCUCGAACGCACAAGCCGGACGACGCCGGGUGCGGGUGGCGGUACGUUUGGGACGAUUUCAGCCUAUGGAGGCACGGAGACUUCAGCAUCGUGCUGACCAAAGCGGCGUUCAUGCGCACGGGGUACAUGUCGCUGUACAGCGAGGGCCUGCCGCAGUCGGCGAGGAGGUACAUCGACGAGUAUAAGAACUGCGAGGACAUCGCGAUGCAAAUUUUGACGGCGAAGAUCACGGGGAAGCCGCCGGUGUACGUCCCCGUGCCGACGAUGCACUACCUUUGGGCGAAGCUGGAAGGAUUCGGCGUGGCGGGAAUUAGCAAGGGGAGCGGGCACCACGUCCACAGGGGCGAGUGCAUCACGGAUUUGUCGAGGAUGA